GACUACCCGUGUUACACUGUACUCCGUUACAGGGUAUGACAAAGUUAGCACGAGCAUCCAUUUCGAAAAAAACCAGCUUCAGUGACUGAAGAUUCUUGCUGUCGACUGCCAACUUUUAGUUAACCAACUGUCUCUUAACCGGCCAAAUCGCUGCCAAAACUUGAAGACGAACAAACAAAUUUUAGUAAAAUGCGCAGUUGGAUUUUAAUACUGCUGAUACUCGGGCUGCUUUCGCCUGGAAAAUCUGCAAAUCUGUUAAACAGCUAUCUGCCUGCCUCAAUGCAGGCAUUGGCUUACUAUAUCGACCUACUGCAAUACGAACCACUCCAUAGCACCACUGCUGAGCCACCAUUCAGCGUGGAUUCUGACGAGGAGCAAUCACCAAGCACUACACCCCUUCCUUCCACGCCGCCAUCGAAAACAACAGGUGCUCCCACUGGGAGACCUUCGUCAACGACAACCCGACGUCCCUCGGGGAGCACCAGUGGUUGGUGGCAACCACCCAGCUGGUGGGAGACACCAGAGCGCACCACAAGCACCGAGCGUCCGACAGCAGCACCCACGCCUCCCCAUGGACCAGCUGUCUUUGCUCCAGUUGCAGUAGCAGAUAGCUCGCGAUUAGCGCCACUGGAAGGCCAAGCCCUAUUUGAUGAGAUCAACGAUGAUGCGGACUUUGAUAAGUUACCACUUUCGCUAAUUCGCGACAUACAAACGGAAGCGUUGCAUGAUGAUUUCACUAACGAUGUGGAAUCUUUGGAUAAUUUCUUGCGUUUGUAUGAUGACAAUUAUGGUCGUGCCGCAUUUGAUGUGGAAUCGGCAAUGGAUCGUUGGAGCAGCACUUCGACGGCAGGCAAAAAACGUGUGCCUCCCACGAAGCCGUAUGUGGACUUUCUACUCGUCUACGAUUUGCUUAAGCGUGAUGCAAAGGCGGCCAAUCUCAGUAAAUACGAGGGAUACUCCGAGGAGUUGAUCCAGGAAUUGUUUGAGUUGUCCAAUGCCUCGUCAACGCGGCAAUUGCAUACACUAUUCCAGCGCAUGCUAAACCGCGGCGAUAUCCAGCGCAGCGAUGUUGUCGCUCGGGUGCGAGGCAUCAUUAAGGACCUUGGCAAUCCGAAUAGUGCCACAUCGAAGGCGCUUAUCAAUAUACCCAGCAUGCAGUUUUUGCCCUAGUUCAUAAGUAUUUUUGCAAUAUAUUAUGAAACCCAUAAUAAAUUCGAAAUGAUAAACUUUUCGUUUGAAGCGGCCAUUUGACACAUUGACA